AUGACAGCCUCGCCUGUAGAGAAGAAGUAUGACUUUGGCGGACCACCGGGGGCUGCUGCCAUUACAUUUGGCCUUCCUGUGCUUUUGCUCUUCUUCGCAUUUGGAUGUAACGAUGUGACUGGCUGUCCGGUGCCGUCCGUCUUGUAUCCUAGCAACUUUACCUGGGAUCAAUUCAAGCUGGAGAGCGGAUGGCCUGCGGGUGGCAUCUGGGACCUCUUUAGCUGGAAUGUCACCGGCGUCAUGCUGGCGUACUAUCUCGUCAGUUUGAUACUCUGGAAAUUUCUUCCCGCACAGGAGAUCAAGGGGACGAAACUCGUUCACCAUGGCAAACCACUGGAUUAUCGCUUUAACGCGUUUUCCUCUAGUAUUGUCCAUCUAGUUGUCUGUGCUGUUGGAACGUACUUUCAGGGGGCCAAUUUCUUCGUCUGGACGUAUAUUACAGACAACUACGUCCAGCUGCUAACCGCCAACAUUGUGAUAUCCUAUGCAAUCUCUGUCUUUGUAUAUCUCAAUAGCUUCAGCGUAGACACCAACUAUCCCAACAAGGAUCUCCGUGAACUGGCCAUCCGCGGAAAUACAGACAAUACCAUUUAUGACUUUUACAUCGGCCGCGAGUUGAACCCGCGUGUCACACUCCCAAUCUUCGGAGAAGUCGACCUCAAGACCUGGCUAGAAUUGCGCCCUGGUCUCACCGGCUGGGUCUUACUCGACCUUGCGUUUGUUGCAAAGCAGUACCGCACCUAUGGCCGCCUCUCCGAUAGCAUCAUCUUCACUGCCUUUGUGCAGACCUACUAUGCUCUAGACGGCCAACACAAGGAGUCUAGCAUUUUGACCAUGAUGGAUACCACCACCGACGGACUUGGGUUUAUGCUCACGUUUGGUGACAUCGUCUGGGUUCCGUUUUUAUACUCGACCCAGUGUCGCUAUCUCUCUGUUUACCCUGUCCAUCUCGGUUGGACAGGUGUUGCAAUCGUCAGUGCCGUGUUUGCUCUGGGACUGUACAUUUUCCGAGCAUCAAACACGCAGAAGAACGUCUUCCGUACACGACCUGACGACCCGAGUGUGGCCGGGCUAUCCUACAUACAAACAAAGCGUGGAACCAAGCUGCUGACCUCUGGAUGGUGGGGUGUGUCUCGCCAUAUCAACUACUUUGGCGACUGGCUACAGGCCUCACCCUUUAGCUGGCCUACUGGUUUAGCCGGAUAUAUGAUCCUGCCGGCUGGAAGCGCCGUUGCUGCUUCCCACACUUUCAAGAUGCUUGAUGGCCGGGAAGUGGUACAGGGGGAAGCAAAAGGCUGGGGUAUCGUUUUCACGUACUUUUAUGUACUAUACUUUGCCAUCUUGUUGAUGCAUCGUGAACGCAGAGACGACGGGGCAUGCUUUAAGAAGUAUGGAGAGGACUGGAAUAGGUACAAGGAGAUUGUCAGAUGGAGGAUCUUGCCAUGGGUUUACUAA